AUGUCGGAAAUCAACGUCACCGCAGUGAUCACCCCCAAGCCUGAGCAUUUCGCAGAGGUGGCGGCACUCGUAUCCGCAGUCACCAAACAGGUGGAAGAGCACGAACCAGAUACCCUGCUCUACUACGCAUUCCAGAUUGCAAAGACGAACGAGAUUGUGAUCGUUGAGAGGUACAAGCACCAAGCGGCGGUCCAGGCCCACACUAAGGCUCCUUAUUUCCGCGAAUUCGCGGCCAAAUUGCCCGCUUUGUUGGCCAAGCCGACGGAGCUGAAGGCGGGUGGAUUCUUAGAUACCCCUACUCUUAUCGCUGGAAAAUUUGUUCUUUCAACUCGCGCACAUGGCGACGGGUCCGGCUACUCAAUCAUUGAAGGUGGGUACAUCGCGCCCACGGCUAGGGAUGCGCUAAUUGAGAUGCAGUGCGUGGUGACUGGUGACGGAGCAGUUGGCAAGACAUGUCUUCUCAUCUCGUAUACAACAAAUGCCUUCCCGGGAGAGUACAUCCCUACUGUCUUCGACAACUACACGGCUAGUGUCAUGGUAGACGGCAGGCCGAUCAGCCUAGGACUGUGGGAUACCGCCGGACAAGAAGACUACGAUCGCCUCAGACCGUUAUCCUACCCGCAAACCGAUGUCUUCCUCAUUUGUUUCUCUAUCGUCAGCCCUCCAUCAUUCGAUAACGUCAAAGCCAAGUGGUUCCCCGAGAUCGAACAUCACGCCCCCAAUGUCCCUAUCAUCCUCGUCGGCACCAAGCUCGAUCUGAGAGAUGACCCCAACACCGUCCAAGCCCUCCGCGCGCGCAAGAUGGAGACCGUUUCGUACGAACAAGCCCUGGCCGUAGCCAAGGAGAUUCGCGCACAUAAGUACCUCGAGUGUUCGGCGCUGACACAGCGCAACCUGAAGAGCGUGUUCGAUGAAGCCAUCCGGGCCGUUCUCAACCCCCGUCCCGCUACGAAAUCCGGGAGGAAGGGAGUCAACAAAUGCAUGAUCUUGUAG